AUGGCGCAGAUCCCCAAUCUCGACAACGCGCCGCUCAACCUAGCGGCCCUCAGGGAGCAGUCGCAGAAGGACCUGCUCGGCAUCCUAAAAAAUAUAAGGGGGAAGAAGUGCUUGGUCAUUGAUCCCAAGCUCGCUGGGACUCUGUCACUGAUUGUGCAGACAUCGCUGCUAAAGGAGUAUGGCGCGGAAUUGCGGAUUCUCUCCCCCGAACCCCUGCAGACGGAAUGCCCAAAAAUCAUAUAUCUUGUGCGCUCUCAGCUAAGCUUCAUGAAGUUCAUUGCAAGUCAAAUCAAGAACGAUGAACCUAAAGGGCUCCAGAGGGAAUACUUCCUUUACUUUGUACCUCGCCGCACCGUUGCUUGUGAGAAGAUCCUGGAGGAAGAGAAAGUUCAUCAGAAACUGACAUUCGGAGAAUAUCCCUUAUAUCUAGUUCCAUUGGAUGACGAUGUCCUGUCUCUUGAACUUGAUCAUUCUUUGCAGGAAUGCCUUAUUGAAGGAGAUACAAGUUCUAUCUGGCAUGUUGCUCAAGCGAUCCAUAAAUUAGAGUUUGCCUUUGGGGUUAUCCCGAAUGUUAGGGCUAAGGGUGUGGCGUCAACCAAAGCUGCAGAGUUGUUGAAUAAUAUGCAACUAGAGGAUCCAGUCAACAUGGAUGAUAUGGGGAUUCCGGAGAUAAACACUGUUAUUCUGCUAGACAGAGAGGUGGACAUGGUGACACCAAUGUGCUCUCAGUUGACGUAUGAAGGCUUGUUGGAUGAGAUGCUACAAAUUAAUAACGGUUCAGUGGAAGUUGAUGCAAGCAUCAUUGGAACUCAACAAGAUGGGAAAAAGGUUAAAGUUCCACUGAAUUCAAGCGACAAGUUGUACAAGGAGAUCCGAGACCUCAAUUUUGAAGUUGUAGUUCAGGUUUUACGUCAAAAAGCAACGUCUAUUCAGCAAGAUUAUGCGGAAGUGAAAUCCACCAACACUCAGUCCGUUUCGGAGCUCAAGGAUUUUGUGAGGAGGUUGCACUCGCUACCGGAGAUAGCUAGGCAUGUUCAUUUGGCACAACACUUGCAAUCGUUCACGGGGAAACCCUCCUUUCAUGCCCGACUAGACAUAGAACAAACAAUAUUGGAGGUUCAGAACUUUGAAAUAUGCUUUGAGUACAUUGAGGAGAUGAUACAUAAGCAGGAAGCUAUUGAAAAUGUCCUUCGCCUUUUGGUGUUACUUUCUCUUACAAAUGCUGGGCUUCCAAAGAAGAAUUUUGAUUACUUGAGGCGGGAGAUACUUCAUAGUUAUGGCUUUGAGCACAUGCACUUGUUAUACAAUCUGGAGAAGGCUGGCCUUCUUAAGAGGCAGGAAUCAAGAAGCAAUUGGAUUGGUAUUACAAGAGCACUGCAGCUUAUAGUUGACGUAAAUGAUACGGCAAACCCUACUGAUAUAUCCUACAUCUUUUCUGGAUACGCACCUCUUAGUAUUCGCCUUGUUCAGCAUGCAGUGAGAUCUGGAUGGCGGUCUAUUGAAGAACUGUUGAAACUAUUGCCAGGCCCACAUCUGGAUUUGAAAAGAGGUGGUUUGACAAUUAAUUCAUCACCAGAGGUACAUCCAGGUUUAGGGGCUCAACAGAGUAUUGACAGGGUUGGUCAUCGCUCUCUGGUUUUGGUUGUAUUUAUUGGUGGUGUCACAUUUGCUGAGAUUGCUGCCCUUCGAUUCCUUAGUGCACAGGAAGGAAUGGGCUACGACUUCCUCAUUGCAACGACAAAGGUCGUCAAUGGAAACACAAUACUCAGACCAAUUAUAGCAAAUAGCAAAGAGGGGAUGAUGUAA